AAUUUCCAGGGCUGUCACGGAUCCGAGGGAUGGUAGGAGAGUAGCCUUAAAAAAACUGCCGAACGUCUUUCAAAGUCUCGUGAGCAGCAAGCGAGUCUUCAGGGAACUGAAAAUGCUUUGCUUCUUCAAACAUGAUAACGUCCUUUCCGCGCUGGAUAUCCUUCAGCCGCCGCAUCUGGAUUUCUUCCAAGAAAUAUACGUGAUUACCGAGCUGCUCCAGAGCGACUUGCACAAGAUCAUCGUAAGCCCACAGCAUCUCAGCCCGGACCACAUCAAGGUCUUCCUUUAUCAGAUUCUACGAGGCCUCAAAUACCUUCACUCGGCCCGAAUUCUUCACAGGGACAUCAAACCCGGAAACCUUCUAGUAAACAGCAAUUGCGUACUAAAAAUCUGUGAUUUCGGUUUGGCCCGAGUGGCGGAACCCGACCAGAACGUCCACAUGACCCAGGAAGUGGUGACACAGUAUUAUCGCGCGCCGGAAAUCCUGAUGGGCGCGCGGCACUACACCGCUGCGGUGGACGUGUGGAGCGUCGGUUGCAUCUUCGGCGAGCUCCUGCGUCGACGGAUCCUCUUCCAGGCCCAAAGCCCUGUGCAACAGCUUGAGUUAAUUACGGAGCUGCUUGGCUCACCCACUCUCGAAGAGAUGAGGUAUGCGUGCGAGGGCGCAAAGUCUCAUAUGCUGAGAAGGGCGCAAAAGCCACCGUCGCUCGCAACCCUGUAUAAUCUUAGCAGCCAGGCGACGCACGAGGCCGUCCAUUUGCUCUGCCAGAUGCUAGUCUUCGAUCCCGACAAGAGGAUCACUGUGGUGGAUGCCCUGGCGCAUCCUUAUCUGGACGAGGGACGGCUUCGGUAUCAUUCGUGCAUGUGUACAUGCUGCUAUACGACGAGUGCCGGCAUGAGACAAUAUAGGGUGGAUUUCGAACCUUCGGCUGCCCAUCCGUUUGACGAUCUCUGGGAGCGAAAACUCACGAGCGUGCAGCAAGUGAAAGAGGAGAUGCACAAAUUUAUAGCGGAGCAGCUGAACACGUCGCGAGUGCCGCUCUGCAUAAAUCCGCAAUCCGCGGCGUUCAAGAGCUUCGCGAGCUCCACGGUGGCUCAUCCUUCGGAAUUGCCACCCUCUCCACACCAGUGGGAAUAAAAAGUCUUCCCCGUUCCCGUUUCCGAGAUAGAGCAUCGGACUCGAGGGUGACGACUCCGCGUCGCGCUCCACGAAGAAAGGAGGCCCUUCGCCGACCGGAAGAUAAUAAGUCACCGAUAACAAGAGGAAGAAGAAAAGAAGGAGGAAGAAGGAAGACGAGGAACUGGAAGCUACGGAGAGAAGAGCCAAGAGAGACAAUAGACUGCCGCACACUGUAGCCUCAAUUUUCGACUAGCUGAUACAUAUACAUGCACGGGAUAUCGUGAGGGAUGCAUAGAAAAAUGGUAGGGACGUAUGACAGGAAAUUUAGAUCUUUUUGAUUAAUCCCAGAAAUGCAUUUUCAAUGAUGUUAGACCUUAUCCGAUCUUUCCGCAAAAAUACAAUUUCUUUGAGAAAAUUAUCUUUCGGAAGUGUUAAAUCAUUGAAAAUGUUGAACGAAUAAAAAAAUAUCGAUUUUCACACAAGGACAUAUUUCGAGAAAUUUGAGAGAAACUGGUCUGUUAGAUUUCUUUAUGUUCCUUUCCUCGAAAGAAAGUUGGAAGUUUAUACAAUUUUCCCUUUGGGACAUGCGCUUCAAGGAAAUAGAAGAUUUCUUCUAUUUUCCUUUCGAAAUGCAUUUCUGGAUACUUUCUUUCUUGGUUCUUUCUUUAACGAGCUUUCUCUUCGAAAUGCUCACAAUCAAAGUUUAAUCAAAAGAUUUAACAACGGUAUAAAGUACAAGUAGACAAAUAAGAUUCUGUUUAAUAAUAGUUUAAUUUAAUUUUAAUUUGCACUUAAACGAAAUUCUUCUCUCAAAAUUUUGAUGAAAUGAUUUGGAUAAUGAUUAUCGAUAUUCAUUUCAAUAAUAUUUAUGAGAUCUGAAAAAAUUUUCACGAUCAAUAUUAAAAACUGGGAAAUGAUUAGAAGAGAUCAGUAUUACAACAUAUUUGAUAAAUUCUUCAAAGAAAAAGCUAGCUUAGAAUUUUACAUAAAAUUUAUACAUCUCUCUAUGCAUCCCACUACACCUUGCAUGUAUAUAUAGCAAUAUAUUAUACGUAUUAUACAUUGUAUACACAUGAUCGAAAGGGAGAAACACAUCUACACACAUAUACACACAUACACACACAUUUACAUACACGCGUGCGCGUGCACACGUACACGCACAUACAUUAGCCAA